GUAUGUACAAAGACCAACCAACCAAACAAGCGAAAUAGAGAGUUUAGGGUUUAGCAACACCCUCGCACUCUCUUUCUUUUCUUGUUCUGGCGGCUGCCCGGCCAAACACAACACAACCCAAACAUCAUAUAUCCUAAUAUUAAUAAGUUUUAAUUAUCAUCAUCAUCAUCAUUAUUAUUACUAAGUUAAAAAUCAGUCGAAAUAUCAUAGAAAGAAGAAGAUGGGUGCAGUCAGAGGAAUAGUAGUAGAAGAAGAAGAAGAACAUAUGAUGGUGAUGAUGAAUAACGAUGAAGUUGUUGUUUCUGAUUAUGAAUUAUCUCAUCAUAUUCGCCAAUCCCUCAAAUCUGUUCUUACGGGUGAUACUGAUGCUUAUGAUCAACUAAUUGGGAAUAUGUAUAACAAUGUGAAUCUAGUCCCUGACGAAGUAGCUAUGCUUGUGACAAUUUUAAGGGCCUUAUCCGACUCAGUUUCCUUCAUUGACGUUGUGCACCACCGGACUCUUCUUUCUUCUAUAUGUGGAAUGAGCUUCUGGAACUAUGGUCCAGAUGUCAUGGAUGCAUUGGUCGAGUUGGUGUUAGCCUUGGCUUCAUCAAGUGGCAAGUAUGUGGAUUUGUGCUUGGAUAUGCUUGUAAGCAACUUCAUCCCCCCUUACAAUUUUCUCGAGAUAUUGAAGCAGCCACGUGGAAUAGCAAAAAAGGACCAGGUUCUUAGUCGGGUACAUUAUGCACUUAAAGGAAUUUCUGAUCUAGUGCCUCUAGCACCAUCAAGAUUGGAACAGAUAGUCAGGGAGAGGGUGCCAAAUGCGUUUUCAAAGGAAGCGCAAAUUGCCGUGUAUGUGGAGAACAUGUUAAUGUUGGAGGGUGGUGAUAUAGGAGAGCUUGUUGGUAACUCUAUGAUUUUCGAAGUGGUGAAUAGGCUGAUAGACCUAGAUGUUGAGAUAGGAUGGGAUGAAAUCUUGGCAGAUGAUCCUUGCAGUAAAGGCAUCUUUGAGAUGGAACUAGAAGAUAUGGCACGACCUAUAGAUGAAGCCGAGAUGGAUAUGGAUGUGCCCCAAAGAGAGUACUCUGGUCAAAAGGUUCUCUGGGGUAAUGUGGUUGCUCAGAAGUUGGAUACUUUGAUGGUGCUUACAUUUGACCACCUACAAGCAUGCUUGAAAAGUGGUCGCUUGGUUCAGGUGUUCGAGGCACUCCUCCAGUCAUUUCAGAGUACUGUGUUGAAUGCAUACAAGUCGAAAUUUGCCCAGUUUGUAAUGUUCUAUGCUUGUUCACUUGACCCUGUAGAUUGUGGGACACAAUUUGUGAGCAAGCUUCUUGAAAUCUUUAGAAGCACUGUCUAUCCUCAAGACUGGAGAAUAAGUGCGGUUGCUUAUCUGGCUAGUUAUUUAUCUCGUGCAAAUUUCUUAUCUGCUUCAAAUGUGACAAUCAUAUUGGAAAGCGUGGUGGAUUGGUGUUAUAAGUAUUGCGAAAACCAGAGUGGUGAAAUCAACCCAAAAAAUCAUAGAGUUUUUUAUGCUGGUUGCCAGGCCAUUAUGUAUGUACUUUGCUUUCGUAUGAGGUCGAUUUUGACCAAUCCUCUACUUAAAUCACAAUUAUCCGAUAUGCCUUUGGAGCUAAUUUUCAAGCAUGCAUUGAACCCAUUGGAGGUUUGCUUACCAUCCAUAGUAGAGGAGUUCCUCAAUCAAGCCAAAGCAGCACGUCUUUUUCGUGCAUCGGGUACCUUCAUCUUUAAUGAUCUGCUUAAGUCAGACAUGUCCCGGACUUUUGGUGGCUUUGAAAGGCUUGAUUUGUUCUUUCCUUUCGAUCCAUAUUUAUUGAAGAAAUCUGACAGAUUUAUCCGACCAAACUUUAUAUACUGGUCAAUGGUAAGAACUACUUAUGAUGAUGAAGAGGAUGAUGAUGAUGAUGAUGAGGAAGGUGUUAGUGACGAAGAUGAAGCUGAGGAGGGUGUGUCUAUUGGCAGAGGACCCAUGAGCUAUGAGGAUGACGGAUUUGACAUGAAUUUGAGCAAUUUGUCUAUUACGCCCCGCGACUCAUAUAUGUUUGCAAAUGAGGAACAUAGAAAAGAGCGAAUGCCUUCUAAAAUCAGACCCUCUACAAGUCCAGAAUCUUUGUGAUUCACAGGUGUGUUUUUACUCUGAUAUAUAAUAUCCUUGGGUCAGAAGGGUGAAGAUAUCCAUAUCAAGGCAAGUGCAUGCUUGUCGAAGACGUGCCCAUGUUCCUGAAAACAGCUGUGGUUGUAAUAUUGUUGGUAGCUUAGUGACUAUAUAUACUCUCUUAUGGUGUUGUCAACCAGCCUUUUUGAAACAUAUUACACACACUAAAAGAAUGUAAACUGAUUACCAAGUGAUGAUUAAUUAAUCUGUUUUGUUAAUGUA